UGCAGGGUCCGGGGGAGACCAGAUAUAGUGAAUGCAGGGUCCGGGGAGACCAGAUAUAGUGAAUGCAGGGUCCUGGGGAGAGCAGAUAUAGUGAAUGCAGGGUCCGGGAGAGCAGAUAUAGUGAAUGCAGGGUCCGGGGAGAGCAGAUAUAGUGAAUGCAGGGUCCGGGGAGAGCAGAUAUAGUGAAUGCAGGGUCCGGGAGACCGGAUAUAGUGAAUGCAGGGUCCGGGGAGACUGGAUAUAGUGAAUGCAGGGUCCAGGGAGACUGGAUAUAGUGAAUGCAGGG